AAUUGAGUUGCGCCGCUUUCAGGAGUUGGGGGUGGGCAGAAAACGAAUACGCUCCGUUUUAAUUUAGCGGCCUGGGCUACAUGGGAUAUUUAUGACAGACUAUCUCUCUGAGACAGAAAAACAAGGGAGGAGGCAGUAUGAGAGUGUAUUCUCGCUAAAUUCCAGAGUUUCUAAAGGAUGUGUAAGAAAGUAGAGGUAAAGGUCUCGCGAUAUCGUAAGACAUCCGGCGUGGUACGCUUCAGUGAGCCACAGCGCUAGAAGUAGGAGAAGCUCGCGAGAUCUCUGCCGUUGCCGAGGAGACUAGGAGGUGGAGGAGAGGUGAUCUCGCGAAAGGAAAGCGGUCGGGAGCGCUCGCGAGAUCUCGGACCACCCAACCUGAAAGGUGCUUAGGAAGUUGAAAGGCCCAGAGGAGGCCUCCGGGCAAAUGGCCGGAGCUGGACCGACCAUGCUGCUACGAGAAGAGAAUGGCUGUUGCAGUCGGCGUCAGAGCAGCUCCAGCGCCGGGGAUUCGGACGGAGAGCGCGAGGACUCGGCGGCUGCGCGCGCCCGGCAGCAGCUAGAGGCGCUGCUCAACAAAACUAUGCGCAUUCGCAUGACAGAUGGACGGACACUGGUGGGCUGCUUCCUCUGCACUGACCGUGACUGCAAUGUCAUCCUGGGCUCGGCGCAGGAGUUCCUCAAGCCGUCGGAUUCCUUCUCUGCCGGGGAGCCCCGUGUGCUGGGCUUGGCCAUGGUACCCGGACACCACAUCGUUUCCAUUGAGGUGCAGAGGGAGAGUCUGACCGGGCCUCCAUAUCUCUGACCACGGUGGCGCAUACCUUUCAGACUUCAUUAAACUUACGACCGAAUGGA